AUGGAAAAUAAGAAUACAAAAAAAGUUUUAUUAACUUUUGGGUCUGAAUAUGGUACCGCAUAUGAUUGCUGUAGAAAUAUGUUUUUUGAAUUAUAUACUCAUUUUGAUAUUGAUUUUUUUUCUCUAGAUGAAAUUAAUUUAAUGAGUUUCUUUAAAUAUGAAAAUGUUAUUAUAAUUGUUAGUACUACCGGAUAUGGUUUUUAUACACAUAACAUGUCAAAAUUUUGGCAAUCUUUAGAUAAUAAUAUAAUGUUUUAUGAAAAUAUAUAUUUUCAUUUAUUUGGUUUGGGAGAUAGUUCAUAUGAAAAUUAUAAUAUAAUAGCUAAAAAAUUAAAAAAAAAACUAAAAUCAUUAGAUGCUAAUAUUGUUAAUUAUAAUUUAGGAAAUUAUCAACAUCCUUCCAUGCAUUUUACUAAUUUCAAUAUAUGGAAAAAUAAUGUAUAUGAAUUUUUGAGAAAAAAGUACUUUAAUUUUGAAAUAAAUUAUGAUAUUCCAUGUUUAUAUAAAUUAAAAUAUAUUUAUAUAGAUGGAAAUGUUAAAAAUACCGAAAUUAAAAAGGCAAUCAGUCAAAAAAUGGAGGAAAAAGGGAGUGAUCAUAAUGAUUAUACAAAUAUAAGAAAUAUUAAUUUAAAGAACAUAAAUAUUGAUAUUAAUAAUAAUAUGAAUACAAAUAAGUUAAAUAAUAAUAGAGCUCACACAAAUAAUAUUCUAUAUAAUAGUAUACAAUUAAAAAAAGAAACAGAUUUAAAACAUUUAGAUUAUGAAAAAGAAAUCAUUAAUCAACAUAAUAUAUCUAAUGAAGUUAAAAAAUAUGAGUAUUUUAAUUUAGAUGAACAUUUUUGUAAAACAUUAAAAUUCAUGAAGUUUCAAGUAUUAAAGAAUGAGAGAUGCACAAAUAAAACAUAUUAUCAAGAUGUAAGAUAUAUUAAUUUAAAAUCAUCCUACAAUUUUAAUGUUAGUAGUUUAAUAAAAGUUCAUCCGUUUUUAGAAGAAAAAAGAACAAAAGAAAUUUUAAAUUUAUUAAAAAUUAAUUAUAAUGAUUAUAUAGUUAUUGAGAAUAAUUGUGUUAACCAUAUAAGAAGCACAUAUAUUCCUUUUAAUAAGAAAAUUAAAGUAUUAGAUUUAUUCGUAUAUUUUUUAGACCUUAAUAAAAUUGUAACACCAUUUUUUUUUUAUUAUUUAAGUAAAAGAACAAAAAGUGAUAUGCAUAAAAAGAAAUUUUUAGAAUUAGCUGACACUGUUAAUAUAUCAGAUUAUUACUCUUAUGUAUAUCAGGAUAAAAGAUCUUAUUACGAUAUAUUUUAUGAUUUUUAUAGUUAUAUAAAUGUAGAUGUAGAUUUUCUUAUUAACACAUUACCAAAUAUACAAGAAAGGAGCUAUUCAAUUUUGAAUACAUUAACAACUUAUAAUUUUUUAAAAAAUUUUAAUAUCUAUAACUUAUAUUAUUAUAAUAUCCACCCCCAAUUUUCAUCCAUUAUUCAUUUUUUAAAAAAAAUUUACUUAAAAAGCACACUAAAUAUUUUUUCUUUUUAUAUAGAAAUGUAUAUUUAUUCUCGUCUAAUAAGAAACAAAAUAAAUCAAAAUAGAUACAAUAUAAUUGAAUUGUUAGUAUGCUUAUAUGAAUAUGAAAUAAGUAAGAAUAAAAAAUUAAAAGGAUUAUGUUCUGAUUAUUUAAUUAAUUUAAAUCCAGGAUCAUUUAUAUAUUCAAAAAUUGAAAAUAGCUUAAUAUUUAUAAAUAAAAAUAUAUUUAAUUUAAAUUAUAGAAUUAUUUACAUAUGCACAGGUGUUGCUAUUAGUAGCCUCCUAUCAGUUAUUCGACAUCGACAUUAUUUGUAUAAAAAUCAAGAAAAAAUAAAUAAAAAAAAAGAACUUUCUAAUAAUCUAGAAAAAGAUAUAAUCAUUUUAGGUUUUCGACAUAAAUUACAAGAUUUUUAUUUUCAAGAAGAAUUAGCCAAUUAUUUAUAUUUUAAUUAUAUAUAUGUAGCAUUUUCAAGAGAUGUAGAAAAUUUGUUUUUUUAUAACAAUGAGUUAUUAAACAAUUAUGAUAAUAAUGAUCAUAAUUUACAAUUAAAUGAAAACUCAAAAGAAGAAAAGUUUAAUAUAAAUUAUGAAGAAAUGAAAAAAGUUUUAAAAAAAAAGAAAAAAAUUUAUGUAACUGAUAUAAUAUUAAUGCUACAAAAUUAUAUAUAUGAUUUAAUAAAAAAAGAAAAUACAAUUAUAUUAAUAGCAGGAAAAUCUCGUCCAUUUUCACAAAAUUUAAUAAAAACAUUUGCUAAUAUCAUAAAACAAAAAGAACCAAGUAAGACUAUAGAAGAAAUUAAUAUAUUUUUGAAAAAAAAAAUUGAUAAUUUCUCAAUUAUAUUAGAAUCUUGGUAUUGA